UCUUACUGAGUUAGGUAUUGAUUGGGUAUUGCAAAAGCAACAUUUCAUUGAAUCAUUUCCGAAGCUAAAACGAUGCAGAGAUGGUGCUCAAAGCUCCGAUCACUGUCCCUCCUUCAGUCAACCCCCAAAACCCAACUUUCUCACUCAUCUCCCAAUCGUCUCCUCCACUCUUCUCCACUGUCUCUUCACAAACCACUCGCAUCCACUGUAAUUUCGCCCAACUUUCAGCUCCUUUUCAAUGUCUCACAGCCUCCAUGCUUCAGCCAAGCAGCCAAUUGGUCUCCUCAUCUCCCUCUAUCUUUCAUUCAAGUGCGACAUCUUACAAAGAGAGAGAAGAACUUGAAGAUGAAGAAAAUGUCACCAGUUGUUUCCAAGAUAAAGAAAACCAAAAUGAAAUCGUAUUCAUCUUAUAAGGGCAGAUUUAGGACAAUGAAUGAUGGAACAAUUCGGCGCUGGAAGGAGGGGAAACGUCACAAUGCACAUUUAAAGACUAAGAAAGCAAAACGCAGACUUAGAAGACCUGGUACUGUACCGUUGGCUUAUGCAAAAGUGAUGAAGAAACUCAAUUUCUGCGGUUAAAACAUUGGGAGAUGAUGCCAUAUCUGGUAUAAAAGAACUCUCCAUGAGGCGGCCUUUGUUUUGUUCUCUCUAGCUUUUACAUUGCAGAAUUCCUUAGACCCUUGUGUAGAACAUGUUUUGUAGCAGGAUGAUUGUGGUCAUCAAUCAUUCAUUUGAAGCUAUGGCUGAUCGAAACUUUUCAUGCUUUUUAGUGUUUUGAAGUUGACCAGUUGUAAUGGAUCAACAAUAACUGACAUUGCCUUUUAACAUCUUUAUAGUGUUUUCUUUCGCCGGUGGCACCA